GGGUGUAGAUGUGUAAACUAGUUCAGAGAGAGGCCAUGUUUGCUGGGAUGUUUCUUCCUCAGUUCUGUGGCUUAUAGGGGUCCCAUGUGUUACCCUGUUGACCAACAAACAUGCUGUGGAUUUACGGCCAGGAAUCUCGGAGUUUGUGAGAGUUGGACUUUGCGUCUUAUAUACCCCAGAUUUGAGCAUAAGUACUCUCUUCAGCUGUCUUACAAGUCAGCGUUUUGGCAUCUGGAGGCUGGUAUUGUUGAUGUGCCUACAAGGACCAGACUGCAGUGAGACUGAAUGUUGUGCCUGGUGUCCCCGGGACUUCUACCGCUCUGUACCUGCUCAGGUCGGGUGUGAUUUGUGACCCCUCCCAGGGGACUGAUCCAGCCCAAACAUCACCUCAUACAACUCACCUGCAAAAAUGAUUCUGGGUAGUGAAAAUCCUAACUUACACCAUGUUUCGCUCAUUCAAAUUUCACCACCGGGAUCCCCAUUGUUGAAGCGCGCUCGGAAAGAAGCUGACAAGCGUGACGACACUCCGGACAGGAAUCUAGUGGACCAAGGGAUUAUAGAGUUACAACCUCUUUCUGUGGACUCCGGAGCACAUCUAGACAGCAGUCAUAGCUCACCAUUAAGUUCUACCCCGGGAUUAGAGAGUUCUACCCUCUCAACCAAUGGCACCACAGACGGUGUCCUCACAGCCACACUCAGCUCGCCUGGAGGUGGCGCUGUCUUUGCCAGUACUGACAGUUGGGUGAUUACAGCCGUUGCGUCACCAGAGGAGCAACCACCCUCACCUAGUGUGUCAAGUCCAGGACUAUCUUCAGGGUCACACCUGGACUCUGUCCAAGGUGAAAUCCCCAGUAAAGUGACAGCUGAGUUAGAUACAGAUAACUUAGCCAACUUCAUAAACAGUGCUACAACGGAGGCUGCAUUUACAGGAGCCGUGUCAACACCAGAGGGCGCUGUGUCUACAACCACAGCAACCAUGAAUACAGCAUACAACUACCCUAAUGCACCUAGUGCGUUUAGUCUCCAAAACUCAGCCCUGUACAACACACAGACUGGCCAGACGCCGUAUAGUGUAAUGACCAACUACCCUGUAGCUGAUAUUGGAAAAAUAAAAUCCCCUGGCAGUCAAGUUGUGAGCCCAAGUUACCUGAAUAGCUACAGCUCAAGUUUCCCCCAAUCACCACAGGGGUCGUAUGUCUACCCAGCACAAGUGCCAUUUACAACAACACCGGGGAGUAUGUCUUCUACCUGUAAUUCACAGUCCAUUGAAGGGUUUAAUUAUGGCAGUUACCAUGUCCCCGGAGCAGCUAAUCCCUACUACUACCCAAACCCGUCCCUACUCAACAGCACCCCUUCUACGACAGGGGGCACCACCAUGACCUACCAACUGGUCAGUCCACCAGAGGUCCAGCCAAUCAAAACAGAAGAUGGCCAAUACGCACAGAUAACCAGUCCCUCCCCGCCAGCUCGUGAGAAUGGAAUAGCCAGUUCCGCUGCAGGACCAAGAAAUAGCAAACCCCGGUCAGGUCGAAAACUGAACCCUUCCCCAGGCCCGGAGUCCGACCUGGAACGUGUAUUUGUGUGGGAUUUAGAUGAAACCAUUAUCAUCUUUCAUUCACUGUUAACGGGAUCCUAUGCGCAAAGAUAUGGGAAGGACCCGCCUUCUUCAGUAUCACUUGGUCUCCGUAUGGAAGAGAUGAUCUUCAACCUAGCAGACACACAUCUAUUUUUCAAUGACUUAGAGGAGUGUGACCAGGUCCAUAUAGACGAUGUGUCUUCCGACGACAAUGGUCAGGAUCUGAGUACCUACAACUUCGCAACAGAUGGCUUCCGGGCCGCAGCAACCAACGCUAACUUGUGCCUGGCGACGGGCGUGAGGGGCGGGGUAGACUGGAUGCGGAAACUUGCAUUUAGAUAUCGGAGGCUGAAGGAGAUCUAUAGUAGCUACCAAAAUAAUGUUGGAGGUCUGAUUGGUCCACAGAAACGGGAACAGUGGUUACAGCUACGCCAGGAGAUUGAGGCAAUGACAGACAACUGGCUUACACUGGCACUCAAAUCUCUACAAAUCAUCAACUCACGGUCAAACUGUGUGAAUGUGUUGGUGACGACUACCCAGCUAGUACCAGCCAUGGCCAAGGUUCUUCUCUACGGGCUGGGGGGAGUGUUCUCUAUAGAAAACAUUUACAGCGCCACAAAGAUAGGCAAAGAUAGCUGUAUUGACAGGAUAGUAGCCCGAUUCGGUAGGAAAUGUACAUACGUCGUCGUUGGUGAUGGUCGAGAUGAAGAGCAGGCAGCUAAGCAGAUGAAUUUCCCGUUCUGGCGAGUGAGUAACCAUUCCGACAUAGCAGCCCUAAAUCAUGCGCUGGAACUCAACUACCUCUAACAAAGGAUUACUACCUAACCCAGCAUUAUCAUAUAGCCCAACGGUGUCCUCACAGAGUACAGCUGGACAAACUCUCUCAAACACAAACAGUUUGUGUGCAAACGGACAUACUCUUGUUAAAACAAGGACAUGCAGGCAGUUUGUGCACUGACAAAUGGACAUACUCUUUGUUAAAAUAUGGAGAUGCAGACAAUUUGUGCAUGGAUAUAUGGGUGGACUGUUUCUUGUAAACAUGGAAAGGCCUGGUCAUUUUUGUGCGAACAAACAGACACACUCAGAUAUGCUUCUAUUGAACUCUGAGAGGCAGAAGGUUGUGUACAGAUAGGAGUGAAUAGUUUUGGGAGAACCCAUUGUUUCUUGUUAUCAGAGUCUGUGAGGCAUUUGAACUGUCAAACACUACUGCCUUGUUGGUUCAAUAUUUACGAUGGAUGUUGCGGAAUUCUCAUUGGAGUCCCAGGGACUGUAGACAGGGCUAUCAACAUUACUUGACCAUGAAUACUCAGGAUGCAACACUGUAUAUGGUGUUAGAAUGGGACGACUAUAGUCUUAUUGGACCUUGCUUCGUCCCAUUUGGUAUUUGCUACAUACAUUACUAGUGCAUGCUGGGACAUAUUGACAGGAGAUUGGUGCAGUGUGUUCGGUUAGAGGUGAUGAAGAGACUAUUUACACAGCCUUCAUUGUCACUGCUGUGGUGUGAACUAGAUGCUAUGUGCCUGGAAUACCGAGCUGAACUGGGAUAUCACUGAGGAACAUGUUUCACUUGGAAAAAGGAUGUAAUCCAAACCAUGUUAUUGUAGUGUGGAUUUUCCAUGGUCUUUGCCUUGUACUGUACCAGUUCAAGGCCUCCUCCCUAUUAUUAUACACCUUACGAUAUUCUGUACUGAACGUUUCCAUAGCGAUCUGGUACAGCACUGCAAGGAUACAUUCGCUCAACAAGAGAUUCCAAGUCAUACUAUAUAUAUGACCCAUCCAACAUGUGUGGAAGUCUAAUCAAGGCCCUGCCCCUCCCCAGCCUCCCUCCCCUUCAACCAUCACCCACAAUGGACAAAGUGGUAUGUGAUUGUUUUUUAUGAAAAUGUUGUUAUUGACUAAAUGGCUGAUGACUUCACACAGAGGUUUUCUGGAAGGACAUGACCAGCUCACAUACUUAAUGUUGUGUCCUGAGGGUGUUACUACCAGACAUGGUGCUUUACAUCUUGCACAUCAUCUUCUGUUCAUCAGAGUGACUUCCCCCUUGUCAUUGCUGCAACACCAUCCACUGACCGUUAGAAUAACUCCUUGUCAUUGCCAUGACAACAUAUCCUUCUGGACAACAGAGUGACCUGCCCUUGUCAUCACCAUGACGACAUCCUCUGAUCAUGGCAGUGUCGUGAUUCCUUUAUCGUGGCUACAACAUAAUAUCAUCUCCUGAUUGUACACUUUAAUUUACGGAGACUAUUCGUAACAUUUUCACAUCAUGUACCCAGCAACAAUCCAUAUCAUGAUCGUUAUGGUUUUUGUUUGUAUAUGUGCCUCUGUUGGGGAAGGUGUCAAGUUGAUUCUUUUUAUCUUCAGAAGUGAGUGUUUCUGAAGAAUAAUGUGAAAAGUGAUGAUGUAUUUUGUGUACUGAUGUCAUGUAAGAAGGCUGUGACAAGCCAAUGUUGUAGUUUAUACCCUAAACAAGAAAUGUUCACACCUGCCCUUGAGUUUAUAUCAUAAGGGGGGCCUUAUAUUAUGUUUUACCUCGUAUGGAAUUUGUUCAGAAAUGCUGUUUAUGGGCAAAGCAGAGAGAUAAUGUAUUUGUACUUUUCCUAAAUAUUCUUCACCGAUGCAAUCAAGUAAUAUCAGCAUCCAACACUUAUACUUACUCUAAUAUAAAAACUUUUUUAGUUAAUUCACCAUACCUUCUGUACGAAAUAUACAGAAUAGAAAAAUAGUCUGUCAUGAUGAAUAUCAGCGAAAUAGCUUUGUAAAGAAAAUAUGCUGGAAAUUGAACCAAAUAACACAGCUUCAUUUGGAAAAAAAUGGGGCACCGGCAGUCCUUCCCAAAUAGAUCUACAGAUUUUUUAGACUCUCCAGCAUGUAAUAUAAUGGUCCCUCUAAGAAUAUUCUAUACUUAAAAUUUCCAAUUGAUGAUAUUUUUAAGCUUUAAUGAUUAUUGUAUUACAUAAAAUGAUUUUAUUAUAUAAUCUUAUAUUAAAGUCUUUUUACUCAAAACCUCUGGUUAAUACCAAAGAAUUAAAAAAGAUUAAAGUAUUUUCUUUCUUCUUUUACAUGGUUAAAUGGCAGAUUCCUUUGCGAAUGGCCAAAGCAUUUUGUAUAUUGUACGAAUGGUAAUUUUACAAAGACUUGAGACGGGAAGUUUGACAAUUGCAUCUAUUGCAUGAACUAAUAUAAUGAAUUUCCUGAGAGUAACGUUUAAUAGCAUAUAUAUUUUUGGGCUUAUGACUGUGUAUAUGAAUGAAUUAAGGGUAUGUAUAUAUUUAACAAGUUCGUACAAAAAGGUUCAUUUAUAUUGAAAAGUUUAUUUAAAUGAUAAAAUAAGGUUGAAACUGUAUCAAUUCAACUCUUGAAAUCAAGGUAGCCUUCUUAAGCCAGCUUGAUAAUAAUGAUUAACUUCAAAAAUAUUUCAUUUAACUUUGUUGAUAUAAGCUUUCUGAUAAAUAUCACCAUUUUAUUUCGGAAAAACACUAAGCAUUAUAACAUUUCUGAUAAAUGAUGGCAUUUAUCUGAUGGAAAUAUAAGAACAUGUAACCAAAUGACAAAUAAUGCAAUAAUAGUGUAUAUGAGAAAAAUGAUUAUUUUACAAACUUAUUGUCAGUAUUACAUGCAGAAGACAAUCAAUCAGCAGUCAAGCUUUAAGGGGACGGGGGAAUUUUUAAUAUUUGUCCUAAACUGUAUAGCACAUAUAUCUUACUAUUAAAGGAAAAUAUUGCAGGUCUGAAAAUCGUAACCACUUGAUAGUGGGCAGGGUAAACUGAAGUCGUUAAGUAUCAUUGGUGGAGUAAGCUUGGCUUUUCCUUCAGUAAGUUUGGUGCCUGUCCACAGUGCUAAGUUCUGUGCACAGGAAGAUAAGAUUAUUUCUCAAUCAGCAAUCUACGGAGGAUUUUGUUAUAACAGAUGUAGUUUCUAUAUAUAUAUUUACCCGUUCAUUGUAUCGUUGUUGACAAACCAAUUCUACAUGUGUUUUGACCACAUAUUUAUUUUCUACACUGUGACUAUCUUACUAGAUAUUUCCAGAUGUACUCGUUUGAAGCUUGAGAGAGUCAACUUUGCAUAUGAACACAAAUUGUUGUUACGUUUAACGAUUGUCAGCCAAUCAGGUCUUAGGUCACUAGCAGUCCGUGGUGAACUUGGUAUAUAGUAAUGCUAGUUUGAGAUGUUACUUUCCGUAAAUUUUUCAUAAAAUAUUACUAAUUAAUUAGUGAAACACAAAACUCAAUAAUAUAUUUAGGAGUUGAGAUAUUGAAAUAUUUUUGGGGGCUUAAAUAUGGCUACCAGUUGUAUAUGAAUAUGUGGUUUUGUGUGAUGAAAUCAGCACACAUAUUUAUAUACAGUUUUGCACAAAAAUAAUAUAUUUAUAUAUUACUGGAAUAAUACAGUUGUCCUGACAACCACCAUUCAUCUAAUUUGUAGAUGUCCUUUAACAGUUUUGUUGACAGUAUUUUCAUUACCAUAGAUUACCUGUAAUAACCCCAUGCUCAGGGUUUUAAACGACCCACCCCUCUCCCAAUAAACAAAUUUUACAUAUGGAAUGCAAUUCUCUAAUCAAACUUUGUUUAAAUAAAGAUAAUAAUUUUCUAAUUAAAGAAUAUGCCUAGUAUCAAAUUUAACCCUUUUGUGAGUACUAGGUGAUACCCUGGGUUUAUUACAGGUAAAAUACGGUACAAGUAUAAGGUGGACGUUUGUGUGAGAUUAAUUUGAUGCCUAACCAAAGAAACUACAAUAAUACUCUCACAGAAACGCUGUGGCUGACUCUGGCCACCACUAUUGAGUGUUUUUGCCAUUUUCAACCGUGAUGUGAACUUUGUCUUACACAUAAUUUUCAUUGUCCAAUCAAAUUAGAGAUGUUUUUAAUCAUUAAUGAACAAAAUUGCUUUUAUUUCAUGAAUAAACAAUAUCAUUGUAAUACACUGUCUUUGAUUGGUCGGGUUUGUUUUCAUUGGUCCAAUGAAAUGCCCUGUUAUAUGGGGCUGGCCAUCCAUUGUUAUGUAUGGUGUAUGUGUUGUAAUGUAUGAAUGGUUUGUGUGUGUCUCAUGGAGACACAGCUAAGUCACCAAUAAAGACAGAUGUAUGAAUGUUAA